GCCCGUCUCCCUUCGCCGCCGCAGGAAGGUUCGUGCGGAGCCAGCGCGGGCCCGAGAAUGGCCAGUGGUCUUGGGAAUAAUGUGUCCUCGUCUGUACAGAAAGCCACACAAUCGGAAAAUUCUCGAGUAAAGAAGUCCCAGCAUUCAGAAGAAGAAAUCUUUUAUAUGAAUUGCAGAGCAGCUUAUCUAACUGUUUUUAAAAGCAGUUUAGAAAAUAUUAAAUCAAAAGAACAACUCUGUUUAGUACUUCAACAGGCUGGAAGAAAUCCAUCUCAGAAAACACUUAAUAAAUACUGGACUUCACAAACAACUACAUUGAAUUUUGAUGAUUUUUGCACUAUCUUAAAAAAAGAAAAAGCARCUACAAAAAAUGAACUGCUCAGAGCAUUUGGAAAAAUAGAUAAAGGUAGUUCUGGAUAUAUUUUACAUGAUGAACUUUAUAAAAUUCUUACAACAAGAGGUGAAAAAAUGACUGUGGAUGAAGUGAGUGCCAUUACUAAACUGGCUGAUUUUAACAGCAAUGGCAAGCUUGACUAUAAUAAGUUUUGUGACUUAUACAUAACAACCAGUGAGCAAUGCUGCAAGACUGCACUGGAGAAACUGGAAGUUGACAGUCGAUUGAGACGUCAGCAGUUUGGAAGUCAAGUGGAAACCUCCUCUGAAGCGAUCACAUUGCCAGUAUCUAAACCAUCACCAAGAGUCUCAAGGAAAACUGAUCAGAAACUUACACCAGUGAAAGGGGAUAGCAGAAGUUCUUCAAGACCUUCAUCAGCUCAAACUUGCAAAGCAUCCGUUUCUACCACUAUCAGCAUGUGUGCCAGUCGUAACAGAAGCACAAAGCUAAUUGAGCCAAGCACAGUAAAGGAAUGGCACUGUGCACAAUCCAAAGGAUGUUUCUACUUAGAAGAUGAUGGUGAAAUCAUUAGCCACAAAUACAGGUUGCACGUACCUCAGAGGUCUGCUGUAUGUAUUACCAUCAAGCCUUUAAACCUUUGUCAGGUAGAAGGAAGAUCUUGUCAGUGGUUAUCAGUGGAUACAGUUUUGUAUGUUCUGAAGGAAAAUGAAAACCAAGAUAAUUUACAGCUCGUGAGCUUUACCGAACAACAAAAUAAAGAGAUGUUUGGAUGGAAAGGGGAGCUUGGAUCAGGAGUUUAUUGGCUGUUCCCAUUCACAACAGGCUGUAGACUCAAGAAAGUAAAAACUCAAAUUACUGGAGAGGCAAAACURGUGUAUAGAGGCGAGGAUGGAGAACUGGCGCUUACCAAAGAGUUGCGAGCGGCUUUAUUGGAAGUAUUUGAAACCAUUGAUUUGGAUGGGAAUGGCCUUCUGAGUUUAGAAGAAUACAAUUUCUUUGAACUGAGGACUAGUGGAGAGAAAUGUGAUGAGGAAGCCUGGGCUGUAUGUAAGGAGAAUUUUGACAUGAAGAAGAAUGAACUAACAAGACAGGGAUUUAUGGAUCUGAAUCUCAUGGAAGCCAAUGACCGUGAAGGGGAUCCURCUGACCUUUGGGUCACUUUAUUGUCCCUUGGCUACAAUAAAGCAUUAGAAAUGAUAGAGGCAUGCCCCUUUGUCAUUGAUAUCUAUGCAGAAAAAUGCAAACCCAGGAUUAAAGCCAUAUUCCUAGAGGCAGGUGGCUGGCAACUCAACAGAGCCAUUUGCAAGUCUGUUGUCAAUAAAGGAGAGGCCAAAGUAAUGGAUGGUUGUGAAAAUGUAAUUGUUUAUACCUACAAAACGGACACACGAAUCACUUGUGUUAUUGAAAAUAAGUCUGAAAACAAAGUGAUUAUUCAUGUCAAUAAUGAGCACAGUAAAAACUGUUUAAGUAAUAGAGGACUCACUGUUUUUGCUAUUGAAGUGGCACCAAAAUCCAUGAUGGUUUCUCAACAUGUGAUGCCGCUGAAUGAACAGGAAGAAUGGUUUUAUAAUUGUGUGCAUUCCCUCUUACGUUAAAUGCUCAAGUUAGAAAGCUGUAUUUUGGUAGCCUUCAAACGAAACCAGCAUUUCUUUUUCUCAAAACAUGGCACAAAAUGAUAUUUCACUCCAAGAGUUUUAUUUGUUAAAGCUAGGAAAUCACCUAUCUACUUAUUUAUUUCUGAUAUCACAAUUCUGCUAAUAGCUUGUAGGAAACUGCAAGUUCAGCUAUCUUAACAGCUUAAGAGAAUUAAAAAUGUCAAAGCUUUCACUUACCAACAGCUACCAACAGCUAGGGAAAAUUUAUUUCCCUUUAGCCUAUCGAAGAAAUCAUGAAAACAUAAACCUGCAAAAAGAUGUGGGAGGACUAAUUCCCUGGAUGCAUGACAAACAAAUGUAUACAUGUACUUGUUUCAUAUGAGAUGAAUCACAUUUUGAAUAUCUUCCAAAUAAGCCUUCAACYUCCAUUCUCCUGCAGAGCUUUAGCUGGUCAGGUAUUUGCACGUGAAGUUCUGCAGAUGAUGGUGUCUCCACUCUCCUGGCAGUUCUCCUUCCUACUUAACCUUGAAGCUGACUGGAGAGCAAGUUGCAUCUCCUGGAAUGUCCUAGCUCUGUUUUAGACCUGUCAUUAACUGAAGUAGUGCAUAUGCAAUUUUAGCUGUUUUAUUUUUUUUUCAUUUAUAUAAGGCUUUUGUCAAAACUUUUUUUAUUUUUUUCCACAGUGUAAAGACUUAUCCCCUAAACUCUGUUACUGCCACAGGAGUUCCCACUGCUUUCCUUCCCAAUAUGUCCCAAAAUUUGCAACCAACAUUACUUUUAAUUUAUCAGAUAUCCAGUUAUCUUUCUUUAGUGCUUUCUCUUCUCAGCAGUCUGACCAGCACUUAGUGUUGUGUUGCUUCCUAUUUUCCACCCUUCAGGGGAAAUAGUUGUGAUUUUCCCAACAUACUUCUCUCGUUCCGCCUCAUCCUCUUCUGGGUCAGCUUUCAUUAUCUGUUUCACAUUAUUGCCUUCAUUAUAUCUUCUUUUUUUCUUUUUCUUUUAUUUUUCUACCAUGUGGCAUUCAAUCAAAUACUUCUUUGACAUCUGAGCCUUAACCUUUUGGGUUGUGUUUCUGUAAUCAAGAUGAUAGAAGUUUGAAGGACUAGUCCUUGCUUUCCUGCAUGUUUUGACAUGCCAACAGUUAACAUUGUCAUCACAGAGAAAAAUCAUAAUCACUGGAAAUUUUUAAUGACUAUUGUCUGUAUGACUUUAAAAUGUUAAGAGUUUAAAAUUUUAAGACUUUAUGUAUUUGGGGUGAGAGAGGCGGGUGUUCUGGACUUGCUGAGUGUCCAUGGAGAAAAUUCUAUGUUGUAAAUAUGGCUGAAUAUGUCAUUAAAAAGGAAAACUGCAGUACUUGGGUAAAAGCUAAAUUAUUGCUGCCAAAAGGCAGGGACACCARUUACUUCACUCUCUUAGUA